GAAGUGUAAAGGUUGACGGUCGGUGUGUGUGUGCGUUGACUCUGCAUGCGGAGCUGAACGCAUCACAUUCCGAUGUGAGCUGGGAUGUGACCGCUGCUGCUGUGCGGACUUUCUAUGUCUCCAAACCGAGUCCGAGCCGGAUCUGAAGGAGUGAGAUGUCCCUGGUGAUGGAGCCGAACUCUUGUCCUGACGGGUACCGGGCUCUGAGCGACGGGGAGCUGAGCGAGCUUUUACAAAACGACGACAAAAUGGACCAAAUCAUUCGACUCAAUGAGAAGUUUCAGGAGCUUCAGGUGGAGCGGGAGACGCUGCUGACCUCCAACCGGAGCCUGGCGGAGGGGAGCCUGGACCGACAACCCCGCCUCUGUAACGGCAAACUUCAACUGGCGGAGAAAUACCGGGAACUGUCCAACCUGGCAACCACAUGCUGGGAAAAACAGAGUCAGCUUGAAACUCAUGGCCAGAAGCACAGCCUGCAGACGGCGCAGAACCUCCUGCAAGAAGAGGUGGCACAAGCUGAGGAGCAUUCAGAGGAGCUGUUGGAGAAGUUCAUGGAGGGAAACGUGAGCCUGGACGAGUUCUUGGACUCCUUUCAAAGCUCCAGGAAGACGUAUCACAUCCGCCGGGCUCAGGCAGAGAAGAUGCAGGAGGUCGUUCAGGCCAGGCGGCAGACGGGGAAAAGCAAAUGGCCGGAGGAGCCUAAAGUCCAUGAGGUGAAGAAGGACUCGGAGAAGUCUCAGGAGCCACUGCGGCACAACGGCUUGGUAGCGCAGGGACCUCUAAGGGUGUUCCAGGUACGCUACGGCCUCACGCCAGCCAUCCUCCUUCCACAUUACCCUGUUUCUCCUCCCCCCUCGGCCCCAGGCUUUCAAAGUAGUACCCAUCCACCCGAACCCCAACCGGGACAGACCCACAUCCUCAGCCCCAGCACCCCGCUCCCAGGACACGGACAGCCGGUAGGCCUCAGGGUCAUCGGACAGUUAGCGGGCGGCUGGCCGGCUAACGGGCGGCCGGUGAGGGUGCAGCAGCUUUACAGGCCAAACGCUCAACAGCCUGAACCGCCGUACCGAUAAACUCCAUGAGGGAGGAGGAGGAAGGGGAUGAAAAGCCGGUGUAAGAGGGCUACCAUGACGUGGAACCAAACAGUGGCUGUCACAAUCAUGUAGGCAAAGACUGAUCCAGAGACAGGCGGCACUGCAGACGUCCAUUUCUGUUCUCCAUCCAUGACUCAAAUGAAAGAGAGACACAGGAGAGCAGGCAGCAGGUAAAGACUGUCAGGGAGGGGCAGGGAGGGGCUUCCAUAGCUUGAUUUGUCUAAUCAAUCUGAUCAAUCCCGAUUCUUUUUCAUAUCCAACCCCAGAAGAAAACAGAGACACAUUUUAGUUUGCUGUCCUUGACAUCACUGUAGCGACGUUGGUGCUGGAAGCAGAGAAGUUCAGGUUAAUCCAGGCUGACAGACGCCCCCUCUGACACAAAGAGAUAGUCUGUUAAUAUGCAGGUAAUAAAUAUAACAUUACCGCAGCUCUUAUGACUUCUACUGGAUUUAACAGUUAUCAGUGGAGUCGUUUUAAAUACAAACUUUAAAAGUCAUUUCCUUUCAGUCAGAAGAAUGCUUCACUCACUUCGAUACUGUGAAAGUGGAGUUUUGGUCACACAGCUAAUGGUAGUAUGAUAUCUAUAGAGUGGUUGUUUUCUGGAAGACAGGAAGACUUUCAAAAUAAAAGAGGAAUAACUCAAAAAGAAGGUUGAAAAAAAGAGGCAAUAAUAAUCUGGAUAAAGAGUAAAUACUACAAGAACAGUUGACCUUGGGAAGUGAUCUCAAAGUUACUGAUCCAGCAAGAAGUCCGAACAGGAAAUGCUUCUUUAGUUUUUAACUGUGAGGUGGUAACUGGAGGGAGGAAGAGCAGGGUGCGUACUGGUGACCCUCUGUAUGCAGAGUCAGGCUGGUCCUUUAUGACCACGCUGCCGACUUGAAUCAUGAGGAUCUAAUGAUAAUGAAGGAUGAGGAAAGCAGAAAUGGUUUCAUGGAGAAGAGGACUGAGGAUGUCAGAGGAGAGGUACAGCUGUGCAUUCAAUCUUGGGUACAUUUUCUUAACCCGUCACCACAGUUUCAAAGAUUAUAACCUGUUUUAACCUGGUUAGCUUUAUUACUGAAAUCCAAACAGCGAGGUGCUGAGGCAGCAGUGUCAGCUGAACUACUUCCACAUGAAACUUAGAUCUCUGGUUUAACUGACGGACAUCAUCAGCUGCAGGUCAUCACUGAUCAGUCUGAAGAGAAGAGAGAAGCUACGCAUUGCUGGCUCUUACAUUUAAAACCAGACGAUAACUCUCUUUCUGAGCCUGUUGUUGCUUUAUAUUUUCCAUCGGGAUCUGAGGAGUGGAUUUGAAGCAGCAUUUACAUGUGACUAACAGCUAAGGAAGCCCAUCCCUCACUACGACGAGAACCUUUUUAACAUUAUUUUAAUUUUAUUAUGAAUUUGUGGUGUUUUACACGAAGGGAUGUGAAGCACACGGUUGUGAAGCACAUCUUCAGCUGCAAAAAAAAGAUGUCAUUGUUCAUUCAUUCAACAGAGAAGCUUUGUGAGAUGCCAAGAGCCAAUGAGGUGAAAGGAGGCAUCAAUAAAGUUUUAAUCUGGACCCUCAUUUGUUUUUUCAUCUCAUCAAACGAGACAGUGACAUUCAUGCUUGGAACAAACCCCAGGAUCAUGAGCGCCGUUAUCAGAGCAAAGUUUCAAACAGAGCUGGUGGUAUUUAUGAACAAUUCCCACACUAUAACCUCACAAUAUUAUUUGCAGUGUCAUGUGUGUGUCGGCUUCACAGACGAUUACCCGGAGCCGUCUGCCUUCUUGUGCGAUUUCAUGAACAGUGUUGGAGCUCAAGCAAUUUAUUUAUUCAUGUAAAUCCUAUUUUAAAUGGCUGACUUCAAAGCUUCUUGUUUACCGUGCUAAAUGAAGAGCUGCUUCUUCUUUCAAAGCAGCCAGUGUUUUUAUUUCCCACCACCCCCGAACUGAGAUGCAGAGUGAGGGGAAUUUAAUCUCUAUGAGAAAGCCAGCGCUCUGCAAGCCCACAGUCAAAUAUAAUGCUGUUCUGGAGGUUUCCUUUUUCAUUUCACUCUCCUUCUUUUCUCCUCAUUGUUCAUCCCUCAGCAUUCAGACAGAAGCUCUGUGGAUUGUUGUUUUCUUUGGUUCUGCUCUUCAACAAACAUUUUGCUCAUUAAUAAGUCAUAAGUGCAUGCUUACUACAGCUCAACAAAGUAUACAUGAAAAUGCCUUUUGCAGGCCAGUGCCCAGCUGCAUUAAGAGAACAACAGACAGGCUCCCCUGAUCCUUAUGAAACGGUAAAUUUCUUAAAUGUGUUAUUUCUCUGGAGUUAGAGCCAAAUGGUCCCACACACAGAAAUGAAACCUGAUUUUAUAAGAGAAUAAAAUUCACUGUGUGCUGAUAACGUUAGCUUCUCAAGACUCCAUAUUUAUUUGCAAUAUUUGCUUUUCCUGAUUUACCACACACAUUUUAUUUUAUUGGACAUGUUAUUAAAACUUUUCUUUAUUUCAUGCUUUAGCAGAGUUCUGUGAACAAUCACACUGAUGAGUUUGUUUUUAUCAAGAUUUGGAUAACUGCUCAUUACUCUCGCCAACACUUCUGUUUAAAUGUUUUUUGCAAAUUUGUUAAGUUUAGUACCUUUGAAUAUGCAACUAUGUGCUUAAGCUAGAACCUCUAGAUCGUUAGCUUAGCUUGGCAUUAUUACAGAGGGAAACUAGGUAUAUUUAAAAGUCACAAACUCAAACCUCUAGCAUAUUGUAAUGCUAAUAUCAACAUACUUUGUGUUUAAGCGGGGCUGUCAGAGUUUGCAUUUUAUCACACAAUGUGUUUAAGGUCACACAUUCCAGCACUCUGUAGUCAAGCUCAGUCUGCAGCCAUGAUGGAAAGUAACGACACCAUGGCGCUUUAAGUCACACAUUUUCAGUUGAUGAGUCACAAGUGAUACGCACUUUCUCAAACUCUAUUAAAGCUGCUGUUGGUAGUCGUGAUAUAAACAUCAGUUCUGAGAGAGAUUUCAAAUGUCAACACUACCCCUCCCCUCUCUGCUGUCGUAACCCACCCACAACAGAUCGUUGUGCGCAUUCUAUGAGGAAGUAGUGGCUUCCCAGCCAAUCCGUGCGACGUAGUGGGGCCGCCUCUCAACCAAGACAGAGGACAGAGGAUUGGAGAUUAGCUAUGAUUGGUCCGGGAAUAACGGGAACGAGGGGGAAUAAUUACAUUGCUUGAAACAGAGAUAUUGGAAAACACAGAGAUUUCACCUUAAUCUCAAAUUAAUCCACUUACCAAUGAGUACCGAUUGAUAUUAUUACCUUUUCUCCAAACCCAGCAGAAACCAUUCCUACCAACAGCAGCUUUAAGUUAUCACUGAAGUACUUUAAGAUUGAUUAGCUGCACCUGUACAUUCAGUUGGAGGUGUUGUUAGUCAGCGGGCACAAAAGCCAGCAGAGCUCUAUUUUAGUGUGAAAAAGAAGCCUGAGUUUAAACUGAGAGUAAAAUAGCAGACUUGUUCGACUGGAGAAUACAUGAUGGACGAUCUCUUGGCAGGGUGCAGCGACUUCCUGGAGUUUCUGCUGGUUGCCCGGAGGCAAGUUAUUGGCAACAACAAUCAUUAUGCAAGCAGUUUUAGAGGAUUAAACAAAAAGACAUGUUCACAGGUGAGGUUUUGUCAGGCUAGCUGUUUCCCUUUGUGUCCAGUCUUUGUGCUAAGCUAAUCCAAACACCAACAAAAGCCUUUAGCUUUAUUUUGACAUGAGAGAGGUGUUUGUUCUCGUCUAUUUCUCAGUAGAUAUUUUCUAAAAUAUCGGAACUGUUUAGAUCAAAUCUGAUUAACUCAUUUGUUAACAGAGCGUGUAGCUGGGCACUGACUUCAACCAAACGUACAGUUCUGUGUUCACUCAGGGUCUUAGAGAAACAGUAUGUCGUGUCGCUUCUUUACCUAAAGCACAGAAGGACCCGGGGUGACGGUGAAUCCAGACUCAUGGAUCUCAUUUUUACCUCCCCAUUUACAGAAGCAUACCAGAGAAACUCAUACCAUAUCUAAUGAGACACCAGAUCACCUCCAUAUUCCUCUGUUGCAGUGAUGUUUGACCGAGGGAAGAUUGUCUGGGUUCAGAGAGGCUGGAGAAUGAUUUUGUAACAGAGUUGUCUGAAGAAUCCACCCUCAAAAAAAUGUUCAGUGGGGUUUAAUUCAGGCCAGAUGAUUCAUGUAAGACCGGAUGCUUAUGUGUUUGAAAUAUUCUCAAAAUGUAAAGUGCUUGUUUCUGCGACUGUGGUUUGGUUUGUCUUGUCUUUUAUAUUGUGUGUCUGUUUCUAUACGAGGAUUUAUCCCAGCAGCCUUCUUCUCUGGUGGAAAAACGUGUCACACGAAGAUGAAUGAAUGAAGCUUUGGAGCUUAAAUUUAAAUAAACGGCAUCCACUCACUGAGCCAAAUGGCAUCAAGCG